CAUGGAGGUAAGACAUCAGUUCAUAUCUUAUAUAAGGGCUAGACAAUUUCUCUGGGAGACGACAGUACCAUGCGCACGACAAAGCAGCCUAUCGUCCUUGUCCCUACCUAAGCGGUUCUACAAGCCUGCGAUGACUCUACCGCACAACCCUCCCUUCUACAAUGCAUUUCUGAGGCAUUUACGAGGCGCGAUUGUCAGAAAAAUAUAUCCUUCUACUUCUAUUAACUAUGAGAUCGAUAUCGAUCGUUGCUUUUCGUUUUGUCAUUCCUUUAGUAUGUGUAGUAUUAGGUCCGGUAGGCACUAACACUCCAACUAAAUGCCCUAAGGUGCGCUGUAAAUACCAAGGCUAAGUUAGCAUUUACCUAGGAGGUAUUAAAAUAAUUACCUCUUCCCAAAAACAACUUGGAUGCAAUUGGAACACUGGCACCAGCUCGCAAGAUGCAAGAUGCACACAUCACCGCCAGCGAUGGCUGCAAGCUAGCCUUCCAAACAUCCCUGCCGUCCCCCAUCUCCGCUCCGCAGGCGAGUUGCUGCGUACUCCUGCUUCACGGCUUCAGCGGGUCAAGCGCCUACUUCACGCGCAAUGUCUCCUUCAUCUCGUCCAAGUACUGGGUUGUCGCGCCCGACAUGCGCGGACACGGCGCGUCGGGCCGCACGCGAGGCGGGUACCACGUCGCCCGUCUAGCCGCCGACCUGCGCCAGAUCGUCAUGCAUCUCCAGAGUAUAUCGCGCCCAGAUCUCAAGAUCGUCCCCGUGGGCUGCUCCAUCGGCGCCGCGGUACUCUGGACCUACCUCGAGCUAUUUGGCUGCGACGACUUCGCGGGUUUUGUCUUCGUCGACCAAGCUCCGCUCCAAGACCGCUCGCCCUUUGAGAACUGGGACUCGACGAGGGCCCACAAGGGCUGCUAUGACGAGGCGACGAUGAAAUCUGCUCAGGAAUCCUGGAUCCACGACUCCGUCGCCGCACACCGGGACCUUGCGGAGUCUUCUUUAGGAUAUCUUUAUGCGCCUAGUGCCGGAGACGCCGUCUCAGAAGAACAGAAGGAAGAGGACAUGCGAUUUUUCACGGGCAUUAGUGCUCUGUGUGACCAGGAGUGGCUGGCGAAGUUGAUGUGCGACCACACGAGGUACGACCAUCGAGAAGCGGUGGAGAUGAUAGAUCGACCGACUCUGGUCCUUUACGGUAAGAGAUCAGGCUGUUUUACGUAUGAGGGGGUGGCGGAGACGGCUGUGCGAGUGAACCGCAAGUGUCAAGGGCAGAAGCUAGCCUCGGUAAUCUCAUUUGACUCGGGGCAUUGGUUGUUCUACGAAGAGCCUGAAAGAUUCAAUCGGGAGAUUGUCCAAUUUGUUGAUGCUUGCCUUGCUAGCGUUUGAAAGGUAUAACCAAUUGAACUUAUAAAAUGAAAUGAAGUAAACAUAUCACUCGUAGUAUUCCUUCAUCUUGGGCCAUGAUGUCGUCAUCUCAUGAAACAGACACCAAAGCAAUUGCU